AUGGUUGAGGAUAGUGAGUUAUGGGACAUUAUAUUGGAUGAGCCUUUUAUUCCAACUUCUGAAGUAAAGGACGGUGCUGAAGAAUAUCUGUCGAUGAAUCAGCAAAGGAGAUCUGGGAUUGUCUUAGGAAUUCACAUGAAAAUACUGAGCAGAAUGAAGGAAGGGAAACUAUUCAUGACAUGUAUACUAAAACUUUCCAUCAUAACAAAUGAGCUACGAAGUCUUGGAGAGCCAAUCAGUACUAGAAAGCAAGUUAGAAAAGUUCUUCGAAUUAUUUCUAAGUCAUUGGAAAGCAAAGUAGAUGUUGUCGCUGAAGCCAAGGAUCUGAAAGUUCUGACGAUGGAUGCUCUUAUUGGAAAUCUCAAGAAACAUGAAAUGAAUAGAAGUCAAGACCUCUCAAAGGAGGCCAAGAAAGACAAGUCUCUAGUACUUAAAUUUAAUCCUGGAGAAGCGUCUAGUGAAGAAGAUGAUAUGACCUAUCUUACCAAGAGAUUUCAGAAGAUCAUAAGGAAAAACAGAGGGUUUAGAAAAGAAGGGAACCCUGCUCGAGCUGCAACUGCUAGUGACUCCUGUCACAAAUGUGGAAAGUUUGGGUACUUUAUAAGAGAAUGUCCGAUGCUCAAAGCUGAAAUAAGGAGUAUCAAAGACUCUUCAAGCGAGUCAGGAGAUUCAGAUUGUCCCGAAGAUACAUCAAUGUUGGUGAUUCAAGACGAGGCUAACGUAUUCAAUGGGAUGUUUGCUUUUAUGGCUAAGUCAGAUGAGGACGAUCAUGAAGAUAAGAAACUUCAAGGAGGAGGUGUCUAUUUUGGCAAUGGAAAAAACGGGUAUAUUCUUGGUGUUGGAAAAGUUGGCAAAUCUCUUGAAGAUUCCAUUGAAAAUGUGUACUAUGUAAGUGUGUUAAAGCACAAUAUUCUUAUUGUCUCCCAGAUCUAUGAUAAGGGAAAUGAAGUCAAGUUUUUGUCAGACAAAUGA